AUGGCAGCCCCCGUGGGACCCCUCCCGCAGGUGAAGCUGCCCUCGGGACCGACGCCCGUCACGGCCGAGCAGCGCUACUGGAAGUCCUUCAAGAACCAGCUGCAGAUCCCCUCGCCGACCUCGUACCCGAUCACCCACAUCUCGUCGACCUCCUCCGACGGCCUCUUCGCCGUCACCACCGGCACCCGCGUCCAGCUCUACUCGUCGCGCACCCGCAAGCUCGAAAAGACAAUCACGCGCUUCGCCGACGUCGCCCGCUCCGGCUCCCUGCGCCGCGACGGCAAGAUCCUCGUCGCCGCCGAGGACACCGGCCGCAUGCAGGUCUUCGACACCCACUCCCGCAGCAUCCUCAAGACCUGGACCACCCACCGCCAGCCCGUCUGGACGACGCGCUUCAGCGACGCCAGUCCCACCACCCUGCUCUCCGCCUCCGACGACAAGACCGUCCGCCUCUGGGACCUCACCGCCAACGACCCCACGCACACCUUCGUCGGCCACCAGGACUACGUCCGCUGCGCCGAGUUCUUCCCCGCCACGGCCGGCGGCGGCGGCAGCAACGGCAACAUGAUCGUCUCCGGCUCCUACGACUCCACCGUCAAGAUCUGGGACCCCAGGAUAGGCAACUCCUCCCCCGUCAUGACCUUCAAGCACGCCGCCCCCGUCGAGGCCGUCCUCCCCCUCUCCUCCGGCACGACCCUCCUCGCCGCCUCCGGCCCCACCGUCUCCGUCCUCGACCUCGUCGCCGCCCGCCCCGUCCACCAGAUCGCCAACCACCAAAAGACCGUCACCUCCCUCAGCCUCGCCUCGGGCGGCACCCGCCUCGUCUCUGGCGGCCUCGACGGCCACGUCAAGGUCUUCGAGACCACCGCCUGGAACGUCGUCUCCAGCACGAAGUACCCCUCCCCCAUCCUCUCCCUCCGCGUCCUCUCCGCCUCCGACUCCCCGGACCACGCCGACCGCCACCUCGUCGUCGGCAUGCAGUCCGGCGUCCUCUCCGUCCGCACCCGCCUCACGGGGCCCGAGGCCACCCGCCAGAGGGAGCGCGAGCGCGAGAUGGCCGCCCUCGUCGCCGGCACCCUCGACCAGCACGACGCCCGCACGCGCGGCAAGAAGCGCAAGGCCGCGGCCCACCGCCGCCUCGAGGCCCUCGGCGAGGGCCAGGCCGAGGUGAUCGUCGCGCAGGACCCGCGGGCCGUCCGGGCGCGGGAGAACGCGUGGCAGAAGGCGCUCCGGCACGGGCGGUACGCGAGCGCGCUGGACCGCGUGCUGGACCCGCAGGGCAAGGAGCACUCGCCGCUGGCGGUGCUGACGUGCCUGACGGCGCUGCGGCACCGGUCGGCGGUGCGGGAGGCGCUCGAGGGCCGCAACGAGAGGACGGUGCAGCCCGUCCUGAAGUGGACGUGCAACCACAUCAUCGACCCGCGCUACGUCAGCGUGUGCGUCGAGGUCGGGCUGCUGCUCGUCGAGCUGUACGCCGAGUACGCGUCCGCCAGCACCGAGCUGCUCGAGGGGUUCAAGAUGCUCAGGAGGAGGGUCGUGAACGAGGUCGAGAAGGCGCAGAUGGCGUGCGAGACGGGGGGCAUGGUUGAGACUUUGAUGAUGGGGUCUGUUUGA